GAGGAGGAGGCCGUGGGCUGCAAGGGAACUCCCCGGGAGCCAUGGACCGAGAAACCCCGGGAGGGAGGGUAAGGUUUUGCAACAACCACUCAUUUUAGGAGGACUCUCCAGAUUCCAGAAAUACUGGAAUUUAAUUUUGUUUUUCAAACUGUCAUCCUCAUCACACAUCCAUCACCUUGCAGGGGGUCUGCACUAUCUGGAAAUGUUGCGUCCAUCGAAUGUUCAGCCUGACCCGAUGGGGCAGACAGCUAACUCCUGCCAAAAAAUGCUGGACGGUCGCCCACCAGAUGUUUCUGGCAUGGUUGUUGAUGACCCAUGCCUGAUGAAUAUCCCAACCUCCUUUUACCACAGUACUAACCAAGAGCUUGAUUUGUCUAACAAAACUUUUAAAAGAGAAGUUGGUGGUCCGUACUCUGUCAUGAUGGACAAUAAGAUUGGAAAACCACAUCUCAUUGAUACAGAUCAACAAAACUUCUUCCGGGACAGUAAACCACCUAAUGAAGUUCAUGCUGUGAAGGGUGAGAGAGAAAAUUCUGGAGAGUCAGAGGAUGAGGAUGACGAUGAUGAUGAGGAUGACGAAGAAGGAGAAGAUGAUGAUGAGGAUGAGGUUAAUUACAAGAGAGAACAGAUUAUUGUGGAGGUGAACCUCAACAACCAAACCUUGAAUGUCUCUAAGGGGGACAAAGGUGUACCCAAGGAUCCUUCGCACAUCAAGACAAGCAGCGAUGACGAAGGUGGAGAUUCCGGAGAGGAUGAGCAGGACAGUCAUGAGGAUGAAGAAAACAAUCCUCUUACGUUGGAUGGUCAGACCAAUAUGCAGCAUGGAAACCAGGACCAAAUAACAUGUCACCCCAAUGUGGCACAGAGUCCAGUCCUGCCGGUGGUGCGCGGCUAGGUGUGGAGGAGACUAACCAGACCCUGCCAGGUUAUUAACAUGGUUGAAAACGAGUUAUGAAUUUACUUCGCAGCGUGGGGUGUCUGCCCCAGCUAGCUCACUAUAGAAUGACUUUUUGGAAGGAGAAGAAGAAAUGUUGGGGCCCAUCCCACUGUAUACUAAUCUCUCUUACCAUUUCCCUUUAAAGCAUUAAAAUACAACAUUUUUUUGAUCUUCUCCCAUAUUUACAGUCCCAAGGAGUGUAAAAAAGUGUCGUCAAGCCUCUGAUGGAACGGCGGCUCCUGUACUCUUAUUUUACUACCGAAAUUAUUUUAGAGGAUUUUUUUGUAUAGACAGAAUCUAGUCUGAUGUAUUUCAACAAAAGCUGUGUAAUUUUUUUUUAUUUUUUUCUCUUCCUGUGUAGCUUUACCCUUUUGUCGAACUUUUUUUUUUUUUUCUCCUAAAUAUUAUUUGAAAUAAUCAUCCAAA